CGGGGAUGUAGAGGUGGGAUUGCGAGAAUCGAAAGGUUGGAGAGCCCACACGCUCAGCUUCCGAGAAAUUUGUAGGUUGACAGUGGAAGGAUGUGGAUGAGGGCUGAAGUUUAGACAGAGCACAAGGGCUCUAAGGCCUGCCUGUGAUUGGCUGUCCGAUUCGUCCACAGCGGGGAGGCGCCACCUCACCUGGGCUCAGAACAGACUGUGAGAACCUCUCGGCUCCCCCUCCCGCCCGCCCCCCCAGCCCUGCACGUACUGGAACAUGUCUAGCGGACGGUCGGAUGGAAGCCGAGACCGGACAGCCGAGGCCCUAGAGCGAAGCAGCUGCAGUGAGGAUGUCCCUGUCAUCGAGCGCAGGAACCGCAGUGGCAUCAUCAGUGAGCCUCUGAGUAAGAGCCUUAAAAGGUCCCGCACCCUCUCCCAGUACACAGCCGCCUGCCCCACCAACACUAAUGGACACACACACCACAAUGGAGAGACCAAGAGCCACCCGGCCAAGCCCCAGCCGCCCCCACAGCCCCAGCCCACUGUCUCAGCGCUGGCGGCAGCCAAGCUGGACCGGACCCUGGAGCAAGUCCUGGAAGGACAGAAUGGCCUGCUGCACUUUGCCCAGGCUGCGGUGCUGUUAAAGAGGGCUGGGAUGGAGCACAUGCUGCUGCCGGGGGGCAUGGGGAUGGGGAUGGGGGGUAGCGAUUCAAUCUCAGGGGCAAACGACUUGGAGGGUGCGUCUGCUGCGGACUCCAUUGGCGGUAUUGCAGACUUCCCGUACGGUGUGGGAGGCGGCUUCCCGUUCAAUCCGGGACUGUUUAUCAUGACACCGGCCGGCGUGUUCCUGGCCGACAGCGCUCUGCACAUGGCCGGCCUGGCCGAGUACCCGGCGCAGAGCGAGCUGGCCUCCGCCAUCAACUCCGGCAAAAAGAAGCGGAAACGCUGCGGCAUGUGCCAGCCCUGCCGUCGGCGAAUUAACUGCGAGACGUGCAGCAGCUGCCGGAACCGCAAAACGGGCCACCAGAUCUGCAAGUUCCGCAAAUGUGAUGAGCUGAAAAAGAAACCAUCUGCCACUCUGGAGGUGAUGCUUCCUACAGGAGCAGCAUUCCGGUGGUUCCAGUAAGACUCUGACCCUCCUCCACUCUAACCCCUACCUACACAAACCCAAAGCUCUGCGAUCAAGUGCAAUGCCAACUCUCGCUUCGAUUGUAUCGGGCAUGGACACAGGCUGACAAGAAAACAAACAAACAUCAAAUAAAAAGAUGUUUAAAAAAUUAUGAAACAGGAAUGAUACAAAAUAAUCAACUGAGUAAUGGAUGCACCUAAUUAUUCCUUGAACCAAAAAUUAAAUAUAAAGAAAAUAAUCUAUGGCAACUUUCAUUCAUUCCCUUUUCUAUGUUCCCAUUUUGGUACAUUUUGUCCUGUUUCCAGCAGGUCUUUUCUGUCUCAGACAUGGAACUGUUCAUUGCCAAACAGAAAUGACUGACUGAGUGUUGGACAAUCAACACAUGUCUGUGUUUGGUGUUAAUGUUGUUCACGUGUGGAAAGAUACAGUACUUGUGUAGAGAAUGUACAUUUAUGGCUAUAUUUUAAAACUAGUGGCUAAUGGCAGGCACUAUUGUAAUUUAGCACCAUUGUUCUUAUCUAAACCCUUGUCUAUUUUAUGAUUUAUAUUGUUGCAAGAAUAUAGUUUGAAACGGAUCAAUGGUUGUCUUUUAAAAGAAAAAGGAAAUGUUUCAAAAUGUAAAAAUCCAUAUUUCUGAUUCAAAUGAAAAAGCAACUCUCAUCCUAUGGGGCAGAAGUCUAGGGGACUCUUUAGCAGGAGGAUGCUAACCUCCAGAGAACUCACUGGAAUCUCCCCAACCAACCAACCAACCAACCAACCAACCAACCAACCAACCAACCAACCAACCAACCAACCAACCAACCAACCAACCAACCAACCAACCAACCGUGUUUUCCUCACCUGUAUUUCCAAGCUUUUUAUUUAGUGAAACUGGCAGCCUUACGUUCCUGUGGCCCUAGCGACUGUGUCUGGCAUGAGGAGGACAGAGGGCGACAUCACUAGGAGGCACUUGUUCUGAGUCUACCCAUUUGAACGCACUGAAACAUGAAUUUAUUUGUACUUUUUAUUUGUUAAUUUUUUAAAAUUAUGUUGCUGGUAGCUACAUCUUUUAAAAACAACAGCGAUGUUUGUAUUCAUUUAGAAAAUUGGACUGGUUUUGUGAAUAAAAACGAAUGCAUGUAUUUGUGUAAACAUUUACAGUUCUGAUGUUUGUCUACUUGUCUUUGCAUGUUUUUUCCCCCUAAAACAGCGGGUGAAGUAUGAAAAUGUCCGGUAAAUCUUUCA